AUAGCAAAGAUGAACAUGUUUGUCUUUAUUAUAGCAAGUUUGCUUUCUUUUAAUGAAAGUGUGCAUGGGCUCAGCAAAAUUUCGAGUAUCGAUGUGAUUUCCUAUAAAUUGUUUUUUUUUUCGAAUGUCAAAACUGAACAAAUCGCCAUAUCAUCCGUAUUUACUAAUUUUCAAUUGCAAAAAAAUUAAACUAAAUCUUAUUGACUAUGGACGAUGGUAAGUUGUUUUUAUUUGAUUUAUCUAAGCUAAGGUAUUCUAUUUCAUAACAGAUUUCACGGACUACGAAGUUCUACAUAAUUAUUAUGAGGAUGAAGAAGAAUUUGCCUCACCAACUCCUUCACCUUUUCCCGAACCAGUUGCCAAUUCCUGGGAAGUUUCACAAGUCCAGGAGAAAGACCAGAGAUCAUUUCCCGAAGAAAAAACAGAAGAAUUGGGAACAACCUGACCAGACACCAAAUCCACUUGUAACCUGCAGCGCAAAAGCAGAUAAAAUGGUUUGGAAUUUUGAACUCUUAAUUGAGACAAUAAAAAAGUACCCCUCUCUCUGGAAUAUAAAGGAUAAAAAUUAUCGGAAUCGUGUCGAAAGGAACAGUGACUGGACUAAAGUAUUGGUUGAAAUCGAUUCUUCUAAUCAAGUUCAACAAAAGCUCCAGUCGGAAGCGAUUUCUCUAUUAAAAGAGAUAAACAAACCUAGAGAAGAAAAGACAUACGCAACUCUGACGUGUGAACUUGUGCGACAGGAUAUGGAGUCCUUGCCGGAUUUAGAGCAGCGUGCUUUACGCAUAGAACUCUUUGAACUGGUCGAUCGAUUCGUUGCCCGAAAUCUUGAUCGAGGUGCAGACUAGGCGGCAUUAUUUUAUGGUUAAAAAAAGCUUUCUGUGAAAACCAUACACAUUUAUGGAUUUAAUUUUUUUUACCACAAAUGUGUUCCAAGCAAUGAAAAUUUUGUUUUGUUUUUUUUUGUUAAUUUUAUUGAAUUGUUAACCCUUUUUUUUUGCAUAAAAUUAAUAUUAAAUAAAGAGCUCCGGCUCCGAGCUGAGAGCUGAAAAUGUUGAAGAA